ACCCAAACAUUUCUCUUCCUUCUUUGUUAUCAUAGAGUGUGGUUCAAGUGAGAGUCACUCACAGAUUGAGUUCCCACGAGUUUCAUCCAACUUCAUUCCUCAGAUCCACAGUCAUGACAUCCGUACACAGUACUUUGAUGUCGGUCGUAUGUAACAACAAGAACCACUCCGCUAGGCCCAAGCUUCCAAACUCCUCCUUGUUACCUGGAUUCGAUGUUGUUGUUCAAGGUGCUGCUGUUCGGUUCAAGAAAGACACAACAACCACACGAGCCACGUUGACGUUUGAUCCACCAACGACUAACUCAGAGAGAGCCAAGCAGAGAAAACACACCAUCGACCCUUCUUCUCCUGAUUUUCAACCAAUCCCAUCGUUUGAGGAAUGCUUCCCUAAGAGCACUAAAGAACACAUUGAGGUUGUUCAUGAGGAAUCUGGUCAUGUUCUCAAAGUUCCUUUCAGACGUGUUCAUUUAUCUGGUGGUGAGCCAGCUUUUGAUAACUACGACACUAGUGGUCCUCAAAAUGUUACCCCACACGAUGGACUUGCUAAGCUAAGGAAGGAGUGGAUUGAUCGUAGAGAGAAGGUAGGAUCACCAAGAUACACUCAAAUGUACUACGCAAAGCAAGGAAUCAUAACCGAGGAGAUGCUCUACUGUGCCACCAGAGAGAAGCUCGACCCUGAGUUUGUGAGAUCAGAAGUCGCACGUGGCAGAGCCAUCAUCCCUUCCAACAAGAAGCAUCUGGAGCUUGAACCGAUGAUUGUCGGUAGGAAGUUUUUGGUUAAGGUUAACGCCAACAUCGGAAACUCAGCUGUUGCAAGCUCCAUUGAAGAAGAAGUCUACAAGGUCCAAUGGGCGACCAUGUGGGGAGCUGAUACCAUCAUGGACCUCUCUACCGGUCGUCACAUCCACGAGACACGCGAGUGGAUCCUAAGGAACUCAGCUGUCCCCGUUGGCACCGUCCCCAUAUACCAAGCCCUUGAGAAAGUGGAUGGGAUAGCUGAGAAUCUUACGUGGGAAGUGUUCAGAGAGACUCUGAUUGAACAAGCCGAGCAAGGUGUGGAUUACUUCACGAUCCAUGCUGGUGUUCUGCUGCGUUACAUUCCUUUGACAGCUAAGCGUAUGACUGGUAUCGUUUCUCGUGGAGGAUCCAUCCAUGCUAAGUGGUGCUUAGCUUACCAUAAGGAGAACUUUGCUUAUGAGCAUUGGGAUGAUAUUCUAGAGAUAUGUAACCAGUAUGACGUGGCGCUUUCGAUAGGGGAUGGUUUGAGACCUGGAUCUAUCUAUGAUGCUAAUGACACUGCUCAGUUUGCUGAGCUUCUUACUCAAGGUGAACUUACUCGCCGAGCAUGGGAGAAAGAUGUGCAGGUGAUGAAUGAAGGGCCAGGGCAUGUACCAAUGCACAAGAUUCCAGAGAAUAUGCAGAAGCAGCUGGAAUGGUGUAACGAGGCACCAUUCUACACACUUGGUCCUUUGACUACUGAUAUAGCUCCUGGAUAUGAUCACAUCACCUCUGCCAUUGGAGCUGCUAAUAUUGGAGCCUUGGGGACAGCUCUUCUUUGCUAUGUAACACCUAAAGAGCAUCUUGGCUUACCGAACAGAGACGAUGUGAAGGCAGGGGUUAUAGCUUACAAGAUAGCCGCACAUGCAGCUGAUCUAGCUAAACAGCAUCCACAUGCACAGGCGUGGGAUGAUGCGUUGAGCAAGGCGAGGUUUGAGUUUAGGUGGAUGGAUCAGUUUGCUUUGUCGUUGGACCCCAUGACGGCGAUGUCCUUCCAUGAUGAGACUCUUCCGGCUGAUGGAGCCAAGGUUGCACACUUUUGCUCUAUGUGUGGGCCAAAGUUCUGCUCCAUGAAGAUUACAGAAGACAUCAGGAAGUAUGCUGAGGAGAAUGGCUAUGGCACUGCUGAGGAAGCUCUGAGAAAAGGAAUGGAGGCUAUGAGUGAAGAGUUCAAUGUUGCAAAGAAAACCAUCAGCGGAGAGCAGCAUGGUGAAGUAGGUGGUGAAAUCUACUUGCCAGAGAGCUAUGUCAAGGCUGCUCAGAAGUAAAAGGGAAAGGGUGGAAACAAGACUUGGCUUACACAAGUUUGGUGCCUGGUUGGACUAUACCUGAAUAAGGCACAAAAUGUUGGUAAGCUUUAGUAGUCUCUCUGUCUGUUAAAUUUUAGAACUAUCUAUGGUUUAUGUUUCUGUUUGUUCCUUUGAGUGAGAAUCAGUAAUAAAAAAAAACAAACUGAGUUGAUAUUUUACAAUACUUUUAUAUGUGAUUUGGAUGGUGAAUUGACAUGAAAAGCACCAGGGGUGCUUGAACCA